GUAAAACUCCCCAACCGGGAUCCGUAGCUUUUUCUUUUGUGGCCAUAACGGAGAAAAUACCAUUUUCAUGUGUGCAGUGGGGCUGGUUUCGACAUUUUAAUGGGAGGCGGCUCGCUUUGGACGAGUGGACAUUGCGGGCGCCAGUUGCGAAGAAGAAAGCGGGGGUCCCGGCCUCCUGUCCCGUGCAGAUGGAGUCUCUGUCCGGGUACGUGUACAAGGCAGCCAGCGAGGGCCGAGUCUUGACCCUGGCCGCGCUGCUGCACAACCACUCCGAGCCGGAUGUCCGGUACCUGCUCAACUAUGUGACCCAGGUGGCUGGGCAGAAGUCCACUCCGCUGAUCAUCGCGGCCCGGAACGGACACGACAAAGUGGUCCGGCUGCUCGUGGACCACUACAAGGUGGACACGGAACAGACCGGCACGGUUCGGUUCGACGGCUACGUCAUCGACGGCGCCACGGCGCUGUGGUGCGCGGCCGGGGCGGGGCACUUCGAGGUUGUGCGCCUGCUGCUGACUCACCGCGCCAACGUCAACCACACUACGGUCACCAACUCCACGCCGCUGCGGGCCGCCUGCUUCGACGGGCGCCUAGACAUCGUGCGCUACCUGGUGGAGCACGACGCCGACCUCCGCAUCACCAACAAGUACAACAACACGUGCCUGAUGAUCGCCGCCUACAAGGGCCACGCCGACGUGGUCAAGUUCCUGCUGGAGCGGGGCGCCGACCCCAACGCCAAGGCCCACUGCGGCGCCACGGCGCUGCACUUUGCGGCCGAGGCCGGCCACCUGGAGAUCGUCACGGAGCUGGUGCGCUGCCAAGCCGGCAUGGUCGUCAACGGACACGGCAUGACGCCGCUCAAGGUGGCCGCCGAGAGCUGCAAGGCGGACGUGGUGGAGCUUCUGCUGGCGCACGCCGACUGCGACCCGCGCAGCCGCAUCGAGGCGCUGGAGCUGCUGGGCGCCUCGUUCGCCAACGACCGCGAGAACUACGACAUCCAGCGCACGUACCACUACCUGCACAUGGCCAUGACGGAGCGCCACCGCGACCCCGACAACGUGGUGGCCAAGGAGCUGCUGCCGGCCAUCGAGGCGUACGGCGGGCGCGCCGAGUGCCGCACGCUCCCGGAGCUGGAGGCCAUCCGCGCCGACCGCGACGCGCUGCACAUGGAGGGGCUGAUGAUCCGCGAGCGCGUCCUCGGCUCGGACAACAUCGACGUGUCGCACCCGAUCAUCUACCGCGGCGCCGUCUACGCCGACAACAUGGAGUUCGAGCACUGCAUCAAGCUGUGGCUGCACGCGCUGCGCCUGCGCCAGAAGGGCAACCGCAACACGCACAAGGACCUGCUGCGCUUCGCCCAGGUCUUCUCCCAGAUGGUGCACCUCAAGGAGCGCGUGGUGGCCUCCGCCGUGGAGCAGGUGCUGAGCUGCAGCGUGCUGGAGAUCCGGCGCAGCAUGGCGCGCGUGGAGGCGGCCGCUGCAGCGGCGGCGGAGCCCGAGCUGCCACAGGCCCUGGACAACUACGAGUCCAACGUCUUCACCUUCCUGUACCUGACGUGCAUCUCCACCAAGACGACGUGCGGCGCCGAGGAGCGCGCGCGCAUCAACAAGCACAUCUACGACCUGAUCCAGCUGGACCCGCGCUCGCGGGACGGCGCCUCGCUGCUGCACCUCGCCAUCAGCUCCAACACGCCCGUGGACGACUUCCACACCAACGACGUGUGCAGCUUCCCGAGCGCGCAGGUCACCAAGCUGCUGCUGGACUGCGGCGCGCAGGUCAACGCCGUGGACCACGAGGGCAACACGCCGCUGCACGUCAUCGUGCAGUACAACCGGCCGAUCAGCGACUUCCUGACGCUGCACGCCAUCAUCAUCAGCCUGGUGGAGGCCGGCGCGCACACGGACAUGGCCAACAAGCAGAAGAAGACGCCGCUGGACAAGAGCACGACAGGCGUGUCGGAGAUCCUGCUCAAGACGCAGAUGAAGAUGAGCCUCAAGUGCCUGGCGGCGAGAGCCGUGCGCCUGCACCAGAUCACCUACCGCAACCAGAUCCCCAAAACGCUCGAGGAGUUCGUCGAGUUCCACUGAGAGGGGAAAAAAAAAUGGAACCCAAAGGACAACAAAAAAAGACUCUUUGUUCUUUUUUA